GUGCGAGCCAAUUGCCGAUCGGCGGAGUUGAGCGCCUCAGGCCGCCAGGCUCGCCGCUCAAGAUGUCGGGGACGGUCGGCGCCACCCUGAAGAUGCUCACCCGGGACUUGUACUGCGAGUUCAGCGACUACGUGGAGCAGUUCUACAAGGGCCGGAAGGAGGAGCAGGGGGAAGAGCUGAAGUCCUCCUCCACGCUGUACGUGGGCAACCUCUCCUUCUACACCACGGAGGAGCAGAUCCACGAGCUCUUCUCCAAGUGCGGGGACGUCAAGCGCAUCAUCAUGGGCCUGGACAAGCACAAGAAGACGCCCUGCGGCUUCUGCUUCGUGGAAUACUACACAAAAGCUGAAGCCGAGCAUGCCAUGCGUUUCAUCAGCGGAACCCGGCUGGAUGACCGUGUUAUCCGGACAGACUGGGAUGUAGGCUUCAGGGAAGGGAGGCAAUACGGCCGUGGCAACUCAGGCGGGCAGGUAAGAGACGAGUACAGAAGGGAUUACGAUGAAGGAAGAGGUGGUUUUGGCAAGAUUUUCCAGCCACCGUUGGAGAAACAGUAGAUGGAAGACAGGAGAGCUAAGCAUGGCUCAUUAUCUUCUUGGACAGCUGAAUAGAAGGGAGGGAGAAAAGACUUUUUUUGCAAGGUGUAGCUCAAGACCCUUUUCCACCCCUGUCACUGUUUUUUAUGCUUAUCCUGGCCUGAGCUGGGAUAUGGUCCAAGGAACAACUGGGUGCCUGUGGUGGAAAGAAAUUGGAAGCUUAAACAGCCAUUUCUUGUUUCUUUUCACUUUUCCUGUAUGCUGUCAUAGUGAUUGUAAUGUCCUGGGGUGUAUAAGCUGUCCUUAAUGUUUCAGAGGAG